CCCAAAAGCUCCUUCCGUUCGCCCCAUCCAGCCCCAUUUUUCUCGAUCGAUUUCCCGCAAACAUGACCUUGCGACUCACAAAGGGAGCCCUUCUCUCGGUCUCUCAGGCACCGCCAAACGUUGAAGGACCGAAUGCUGUUCUUCAAGUGCUGCAAAUUAAAAAGACAAACUUGGAUAAAUACAGAUUAUUGCUUUCAGAUGGAGAUCAUUACAUGACGGCCAUGCUUAACACGCAAUUCAACGACAAGGUGACUUCGGGUGAGAUGAGAAAGGGUGCUAUAGUCCGUCUCACACGGUACCUCUGCAAUGAUGUAGCCAACAACCGCAGAAUUCUUAUCAUCUUGGGUGUUGACGUUUUAACGCCACAUCAGGACAACAUUCCUAGGCAAGGCAAUCCCGCAGGUCUCGGAAUGGGUGAAAAUUCAAAUGUCGCUCUGCAGCAAGAGCAAGAUCAAGAUCAGCAAGCACAAUCCCGGAACUACGGAGCGCCGGUGGCCACCGUACAGGGUACCACAGGUUAUGGCGGCAACAACACAGGGUACGGUGGUGGAAAUUACGAUGGUGGAUAUCGCCAACAACAACCACCACCACAGCAGCAGCAGCGGCAAGGAGGGUUCGGCUCGAACCCUCAAGGCAAAUUUGGUGGGGGUGGGACAAACAUGCCUCCCAAGACUGUCGGUGAUACACCAGCGGCGAUCUUUCCUAUUAGUAGUCUGAGUCCGUACCAGAACAAGUGGACUAUAAAGGCACGAGUGGUAGGAAAAUCUGACGUGAAGCACUGGGACAAUCAGAGAGGUCAAGGGAAACUGUUUAGUUGCACUUUUGUGGAUGAAAGUGGAGAGAUUCGGGCAACCGGUUUCAACGAUGCAGUGGACGCAUGGUAUGACGUUUUAGAGGACGGGAAGGUUUAUUAUGUCUCGAAAGCUCCGAUCAAACCUGCAAAGAAACAAUUUUCGAACGUUAAAAACGAAUAUGAAAUGCAAAUCGAGCCUGGAACCACCAUUACACCGUGUUUGGAUGCAUCAGGUUUGCCGGAAAUGCGCUACAGUUUUGUCGAGCUCUCUAAACUGUAUGAAGUCCAAAACGGAUCAAUCAUUGACGUAAUUGGUAUCGUCCGAGACGUUGGUGAUUUGGGAGAGCUAGUGUCCAAAACAACUCAGAGACCUUUCAAGAAACGGGAUCUUACCAUUGCAGAUGCCACCCUUUUUGAAGUGCGGAUGACGCUUUUCGGUCGACAUGCGGAGACGUUUGAUGGUAGAGAUUGUCCCGUCCUUGCUGUCAAAGGAGUCAAGGUUGGGGAUUUUGGAGGUCGGUCGCUUACAGCAUUGAGCUCUUCGAUGCUGAGUGUCAAUCCCGAUAUAUCGGAAGCUCACCAUUUGCGAGGAUGGUACGAUACUGAGGGUAAAACUCAGCAGUAUCAAACGUACAGCACGGCUGGUGGCACGGGGGUAGGCACCGGCACAGGCGGCAAAAGAGAGCCUUUCAAAUGCAUCGCACAGAUAAAGGAUGAGAACUUGGGCAUGGGCGAGAAACCGGACUACUUCAGGGUUCGUGCCCUGGUCACGUUUUUCAAAGACCAGAAUUUAUGGUAUCCUGCUUGUCCGUCCGAGAACUGUAAUAAGAAAGUGACAGACGUCAGCACUGGUUGGCGUUGCGAAAAAUGCGACAAACUAUACCCUAACCCUUCAUACCGGUACAUUUUGUCACUCAGCAUCAGCGAUCACACAGGUGGAAUGUGGCUUCAAGCAUUCAACGAAACCGCUCAGUCCUUGUUGGGCAAGUCAGCUGAUGAGUUGGUUCAACUCAAGGAUAUGGACCCUGCUGCGUUUGCUGCGGUCCUGGCGGCCCCCAACUUUAGAAUUUAUGACUUUAAAGUACGAGCCAAGGCGGAAACAUAUCAGGAUGAAGCAAAGGUGCGGAGCACGAUCAUGGGGUAUACACCCAUCAACUAUGCAUCGGCCUCACAUGAGUUGAGCUCCAUGAUUGAGCAGUACGGGUCGAUGGGAGUCAAGGAGGAGUUAAUGUAAUUAGCAACAUCAUUUAAAUAAGUGUAUUUUCUUUUGCAAGCGUAGAACGGGAAUGUGGUUAAGGAUGUUUCAUGUCGUGAGCUGUAUGUAUGAAAUAUGGCAACGACAACGAUAUUGAACUCA